AUGGAGCUUACUGCGGCAACAGUGGCAGUAAGGUUGAACAAACGACUACAAGAGGAGUUAGAUUAUCCAAUAGAAAACACAUAUUUUUGGACAGACAGUACGUCGGUACUGAGGUACCUUAGUAAUGAAACAACACGCUUUCAUACUUUUGUCGCCAACAGGAUGACUGUAAUCCAUGAAGGUUCAGAGAAAGCCCAAUGGAGAUAUAUUGAUACUAAGUCAAAUCCGGCUGACGAUGCGUCACGUGGCAUGACUGUUAACGAAUUCUUAGAGAAUAAGAGAUGGAUUUAUGGACCUGAGUUUCUGUGGAAGCCUGAACAGGAAUGGCCAAGUAAUGAAUACUCUUGGAAUAUUGCGGAAGAUGACCCUGAAGUCAAAAGAAAUCCAGUUGCAGCAGUGACAUGCCAAGGCUCAGCAGAUAUUAUGGAUAGGUGUUUGUCAUAUGCAUCUAGUUGGGAGAAAUUGAAGAAAAUAGUAGGAUGGGUUUUGAUUGGUAUUAAGAACCUGCAGUCAUGGGUCUCUGAGCGCAAAAGCCUAGAAGAGAGUUUGAGACAGGGAGGUACAAACAAAGGAAAGAUUUCAGUUGAGGAAAGAAUGAAAGAAUUGAAGUUGAAGGCUAGGUCUCAAUCUAAAGAAAAAUUGAAACAUGAAGUAUUGCCUGUAGAUACUAUGGAAUUGGCAGAGAGAGAGCCGUGA